GGGGUUGGGUGUGUGCAGAGGCCAUUGAAGUAACUCAAGCAUGGCGCCGUGUUGACGACGCGCAAGUAUUGACGGACAAUUCCGGCGCAGGGAUCUCCCCGUGCAGAUCGCCAACGCAGAGGUGUGCGGCCGGAACAUUGUGAUCCGAUUUCGCAUAGGUUAAAUAAGGUGCCAUUAUUCGUGAAUGGCGGAUGCACUUGAACCAGGAGAGUUUCGCCGUGUAAAAGCAGUAUGUCUGGUGGGUGUCGUUUGUAGCGUGCACUCUGCUGCGCGUUUGUGGUGAAGUUUGGGUGGGAGGCACAGCAGGGCUUUGGUGAUUGAGACUGAAACGUAUUUGCGGGGGAUUGUGAUUGAAGAAUCCUUGUCGCGGCGUCCACGUUGGAGCUUAUGUUAUUGCCAGGUGAAGAAGAUGAGAUUUUACGGAAGGGCUUGAACACUUUUUGCUGCCUUGGUAGCCAUAUCAAUGGGAUGUGGUGGAUAGCUUGAAAGUGAAAUUGCCAAUGUCUCAACAGUGAUGCAUGUUUCUGAGGGAUUUCUGGACCGGAAUGGACUGGCUAGUGCUAGGUCGCUGCGUAUCGGAUUAUAUUUUCCUCAGUCUAAGGACAAUACAUUGCUGACUUCAUUGCGAGCUGAUCACAAGUUACCAUGCAACCGCGAUUUGUCCACCCAACUGCUUCGAGUAUAGGUGGCAGUUGUUAUCAUGGUGUUACAUGGUCCGUCGAGAAAGGUUGAUUCCUCGCCUGUCUACCAUGUGUAGACGGAGAAGCCAGAAGAGGGGUUCGAGAAAGUAGCGGGACUGAGGUGCUGGUCUUCUGUUGAAGGACCAAGGAAGAGUUUCUAGGGUUGAAGUUGAACGAAGUAGUUAAUUCUAAUUCUUAUACGUGUCUCAAUUUGACCCUUCCCUGAGAAGAAAGGCGAUUUCUAAUCUUUUCGACGACUAGAUUUCGUAUUAAAUAUGCGAUAUUGAUUACAUUUAUCCGUCCACACACGUGAAGCAGAUUGUGCAAGCAAGAUGUCUGAAGAUAAGCUCGGAUGCAACAGCGUGUGGAAUGGAGAUUGUUGUGUCCGCGAAGGUGACGCAGUAUGCAAUGGCAAGGCCUCGAAGGGCCUGUUUCUGAAUCUUAUGCCCAAAAGUGAUUCGCGUUCCCUGAGCACACUUUUCUUCCUUGGUUUACCACUAGCGCUCCUCUCUGCUAUUAUGGUAUUGAUACCUUGUGUCAUGGUGCACAAACCCGAGAUGUUCUGGUAUUUGCCGUUCAGCUAUGGCAAGAUAGUUCCGCCAGUUUCGAAGAAGUAUGCUGUAAUCUUCGAUGCUGGCAGCUCUGGCAGCCGGAUCCACAUUUACUGUUUCGAUCCGAACUAUGAGCUGGUCAAAGUAGGUAACGAGCUGGAGAUUUUCAUGCACUCAGAACCAGGAUUGAGCGAUUUUGCCAAGGAUCCCCGAAAAGGAGCGGAGUCGCUGCGGCCUAUGCUGGAAGAAGCCUUGCGAGUGAUACCUGCAGAGCAACAUUCUACAACACCGCUGCGACUUGGAGCGACAGCUGGAUUAAGACUACUCCCUGGGGAUGAAGCUGUAAAUCUUUUGAAGGAAGUACGCACGCUGUUGGGUAGUAGCGGCUUUAUGUUUCAGCCAGAAUGGGUGAAUAUCAUCGAUGGAACACAGGAAGGCUCGUACCAGUGGGUGACAACUAACUACCUUCGUGGAAGUCUUGGUAGAAGAUUGGAUGAGACUGUGGGGAUCGUGGACUUGGGUGGGGGCUCAGUGCAAAUGGCGUAUGCCAUAUCAGAUGAAGAUUACAUCAAUGCUCCUAAGGCUGGAAAGGAUGAAGUCGCGAGCGUCCAGCAAGUCAAGCUUCUAAAUAUGACCUACAAUCUCUAUGUUCACAGUUAUUUACAUUAUGGCCUGCUGGCCUUUCGUGCGGAAGUGUUCAAGCACAGUGAGGGGACUACUUGUCCUUGCGUCGCAAAGGAUUUCGAAGGCUCAUAUAUGUACGCUGGAGUGAAACAUAUGGCCGCAGUUAGAGAUGAAGGGUCUCAUUACAUGGACUGUCGAGCUUUGGUAGUAAAGAUCCUUAACGUAGAUCACGCUUGCAAGCAUUUAAAAUGUACAUUUGGAGGCGUUUGGAAUGGUGGAGGUGGAGAUGGAUUUAAGCAGCUCUUUGUUGCAUCUUUCUUCUUUGACAAGGCAGUUGAUGCUGGAAUUAUACGUAACAAGAAAGUUGCUUCUGCAGUCGUCGCACCAAGUGAAUUUGAGCGGGCUGCCAAGAAAUUCUGUAGUCUGAGUUUAGCCGAGAUUGUGCAGCGAUUUCCCAAGCUGAAGGAGCAGAAGAGAAAGUACAUAUGUUUGGAUCUUGUGUACCAGUAUAUUCUGCUCGUCACUGGCUUUGGAAUUGACCCGAAUCAGAAGGUCACUCUUGUGAAGAAGAUCUUGCACAGGGGUUCUGAAGUUGAAGCAUCCUGGCCACUUGGGAGCGCAAUAGAGCUUGUAUCUGGUUAUCAGUGACGCUGCACCUCCUGAGUACUGGCUCCAACCUCAGCGUUUACUCCCCCACUUCACGAAGUUUUCAAAGGACAGAUGAAUGGUUAUUGACAUUCUUAUCGUGCACUUGCUCUGCUCGAGUGUUUUUCCCCUCUAUUCAAUUGAGAUGUACAGACAUUCAUGAAGCUAUUGCUUACUACCAGCAAUAUCUAUUUCAUUUUUUUUUUUUCGCAACAUUAUCCUUCCAAUUUAGGUAUAUCCGACGUGCUUUUUAUGCGUAGCGUAUGGGUUUGGGAGCAAAGACAACUAUUAGUUGGCAUUGGAGUUGGACCCUUCGUGCUCUUCACUCCUGACUGUCUCUACCCCUAGUUUGACAAUUUCAUGUUGCCAUUCUUGAGGGUUUACAAGACAGACACAUCGUUUUGAGAGGGAGUAGGUUUCAUUCUGAUUUAGUGUGGUAUUCGUGAAUGUUGUGUACUAGUUGGUUUGUCAUGACAACAACCUAGAAAGAGUAAAAACACGGACGAUUUCACAUCUUAGAGAUGGAGACAUAUCGAAUCUCUCCUAUUGAAGUGUACUCGUAUUUCGAUCUGCAGACUCAUAUUAAGCAGAAAAUGAUUGAUUAUACAAUUGACAAGUUAUAUUCUCAA